AUGGCUGAAGUGGCCGUCGAGAGAAAGAAUGUCUAUUGCGAUGGGAUCUUCGAUCUGUGCCACAUUGGGCAUCAGAACCUCUUCCGCAACGCAUCCAAGCUCGGCACGCAUGUGUUCGUGGGAGUUGUGGGGGACAAGGAUGCCAACAAUUACAAACGGCCACCAAUCAUGACAGCGGCUGAGCGCGAAGCACAGGUACUGGGAUGCAAACAUGUGGACAAGGUUAUCUCAGAAGCAUUGUGCUUCGGAAUGACGGAGGAGUUUCUGAAGGAGCACGACAUUCACAUUUGCGCUGUUGGUCAGGAGUACUUUGAUCGAUUUCCAGAUCCCGAGGAUGAUCCGUACUACAAGGUUCCGCGGAAAAUGGGGAUAGCGGUGCCCCUGCCAAGGUUUGAUGGCCUCUCCACCUCAGACCUCAUCCAGCGUGUCAAGGACAGGAUGUAA